UCCGCUGAAUGAGAAUCUCGGAACUCAUUUUAAAAUGGCAAUAAUUGUGGUACCCUUUGAUGGAAGCAAAUCAGAUUUCAGAUAUCUUCUUCCUUAGAAUUUAAAACCACACUCACUUGCCAAUUCCGUUGUCUGAUCCUCAAAAAACUGUAGCAUACGUUAUAGAUCUUGCUCCUCAUUCACACUUUCACUUACCUAGCAUAAACUGCCAGCACUGUUAGAAUUUUAUCCUUGUUUCAAAGUUCGGUUUUGUUUAUUUUAUUCUUCACUCUCUUGUUCGUCUUAUGAUUUUGUCUCUCUGCGUUCGGAUACUCCUAUGUGGGUGUCUCUCUCUCUCUCUCUCUCUCUCUCUCUCCCUCUCUCUCUCAGCUAACUAAACCACCCACUUGUCAGAUUUUCCAAAGAUCUUCACUUUCGGUGCGAAGUCGUUAGGGUUUUCCAAUAUUCCAUUCAACCCCAUAAUUUUGUGUGCAUUCGGGGCGAUGAUGGAUUAUAGCCGAGACGGAAACGUUGUUCAGAUAAUCGCCGGCGAGAACUGGUCAUCUUCCGGCGCCGGCGACCAAUUGGUCUGGGCGACGGAAGACGAUUACAGAUUCUGGAACAACAACGGCGGCGACGGCGACGGCGCUCCCUCGAACUCAAACAACAGCUACGAUCAGAGGCAAUCGAAGAAAUCGAGGACCUCGCAGGACGCAACGACGUUGUCUUCUUCGUCCAACAACAAGUCGAAGACUAUUGGGAAGAUGUUCUUCAAGACGAAGCUAUGUUGCAAGUUCCGUGCGGGCACGUGCCCUUACGUCACCAACUGCAACUUCGCCCAUAGCAUCGACGAGCUGCGGCGGCCGCCACCCAAUUGGCAGGAAAUCGUGGCGGCGAACGAGGAGGAACAGCCACCGCCCAUGGAGGAAUUUCAGAUUCCGUCUGUGGGGUUUUCCGCGGAGACGCAGAGGUCGUAUAAGGGUCGACAUUGCAAGAAGUUUUACACUGAGGAAGGGUGCCCCUAUGGGGAUAGUUGCACGUUUCUUCAUGAUGAACAAUCCAAGAAUCGAGAGAGCGUCGCUAUAAGCUUAGGCCCUGGUGGGUAUGGAGGAGGUGGUGGUGGUGGUGGUGCAGUUGGAGGUGGUAGUGGUGGUUCUGCUGUUGGGAGUGGACCCAAUUCCAAGCCUUCGAAUUGGAAGACGAGGAUUUGCAAUAAGUGGGAGAUGACAGGGUAUUGUCCAUUCGGGAGCAAGUGUCAUUUUGCUCAUGGUGCUGCAGAAUUGCACCGAUAUGGAGGUGGGCUAAUGGAGGGAGAAAAUAGAGACACUGCCGCUGCUGACACGAUACAGGGAGGAAUGCCUUCAAAAACUCCUGCUGAUAAUGUGGUUGCAUCAGUUACGCCAGUUGCUCAUUCUGAUGUUUAUCAUAUUGGAGUUCCUUUACAAAGGCCUUCCAUUGUGAUUCAGAGGCCAGGACAGAGAACUCAUCAGAAGUGGAAAGGUCCAGAUAAAAUCAGUAGGAUAUAUGGUGAUUGGAUUGAUGACAUCGAAUAGAGUUGCAAUCCCUGCGUUGGUAAGGGGGAAAUAACUGAUUAGGACUUUUUAUUCUCCCAUGUAUUACCAUGGAACUUAAUAUGUAAUCUUUGGGUGGGAUGUUGUAAUGUAAUGUAUCUAUGUUUCUUACUGGAAGAGAAAGAGAAGAGCCGAUAUUUUUUUUAUUUUUUAAUUUAAGGAUUCCAUUCUCCUUUUUUCUUUCCUCGAAAAAGCUAACUAUCUGAUGAUCUUUAAGGUUGCACUUUGUUUGGUUUAGAGAU